AUGUUCAGCUACCUCCGGGAGCGCUUCACCAGCCACCUCCGGGAGCGCAGCCGGCGCCGGGCCAGGCUCGUCUCCAAGGAUGGCAGGUGCAACAUUGAGUUUGGCAAUGUGGAACAGUCCAGGUUUGUCUUCCUGAUCGACAUAUGGACAACCAUCCUGGACCUCAGGUGGAGGUACAAGAUGACCAUCUUCAUCUCAGCCUUCCUGGGCAGCUGGUUCCUGUUCGGGCUGCUCUGGUACGUCGUGGCCUACAUCCACAAAGACCUGCCCGAGUUCAACCCCUCCAUCAACCACACCCCCUGCGUGGAGAACAUCAACGGCCUCACCUCAGCCUUCCUCUUCUCCCUGGAGACCCAGGUGACCAUUGGGUACGGCUUCAGGUGUGUCACAGAGCAGUGUGCCACUGCCAUCUUCCUCCUCAUCUUCCAGUCCAUCCUGGGUGUCAUCAUCAAUUCCUUCAUGUGUGGGGCCAUCCUGGCCAAGAUCUCCAGGUCCAAAAACCGAGCCAAGACGAUCACGUUCAGCAAGAACGCUGUCAUCAGCAAGCGUGGGGGGAAGCUCUGCCUGCUGAUCCGCGUGGCCAACCUCCGCAAGAGCCUGCUGAUUGGGAGCCACAUCUAUGGGAAGCUGCUGAAGACCACCAUCACCCCCGAGGGGGAGACCAUCAUCCUAGACCAGGUCAACAUCGAAUUCGUAGUGGACGCCGGCAACGAGAAUCUCUUCUUCAUCUCGCCCCUCACCAUUUACCACAUCAUAGACAAGAACAGCCCCUUCUUCCACAUGGCAGCAGAGACCCUGCUGCAGCAGGACUUUGAGCUGGUGGUGUUUUUGGAUGGCACCGUGGAGGCCACCAGCGCCACCUGCCAGGUGAGGACGUCCUACAUCCCUGAGGAGGUGCUCUGGGGGUACCGCUUUGCCCCCAUCGUGUCCAAGACCAAAGAAGGGAAAUACAGAGUGGACUUCCAGAACUUCAGCAAGACAGUGGCUGUGGAGACUCCCCACUGUGCCUUCUGUCUCUACAAUGAGAAGGAAGCCAAAACCAAAGAGAAGAAAGGUUAUGACAAUCCUGGCUUUGUCUUGUCUGAAGUCAAUGAAACCAGUGACACAAAAAUGUAG